CGUCACACGCCCGCGCCGCCGCCCGCCAGCGCGCGCCGUCAGUGUGAGGGACCAGGGAGAGGCACCGGGGAGCGGUACGGAGGGGGCAGCGGGAUCGGUACCGGGCAGCGAGGAGCAGCACCGGGAAGCGGUUCUGGGAAAGAUGACCACUCUCACACGGCAGGACCUUAACUUUGGGCAAGUUGUUGCAGAUGUCCUUUCAGAAUUUCUGGAAGUGGCUGUUCACCUUAUCUUAUAUGUCAGAGAAGUUUACCCUAUUGGCAUCUUUCAGAAGAGGAAAAAAUACAAUGUACCUGUCCAGAUGUCCUGCCACCCAGAGCUGAAUCGGUACAUCCAGGACACGCUGCACUGUGUAAAGCCCUUGCUCGAGAAGAAUGAUGUGGAGAAAGUAGUAGUUGUAAUCCUGGACAAAGAGCACCACCCUGUGGAGAGAUUUGUCUUUGAGAUCACCCAGCCACCUCUUCUUUCCAUUAGCUCAGAGUCCCUGCUGUCCCACGUGGAGCAGUUGCUGCGUGCCUUCAUCCUGAAGAUCAGUGUGUGUGACGCUGUGCUUGACAACAAUCCCCCAGGUUGCACAUUCACUGUUCUGGUUCACACACGGGAAGCUGCCACACGGAACAUGGAAAAGAUCCAGGUGAUAAAGGAUUUCCCGUGGAUCCUUGCUGACGAGCAAGACGUGCACAUGCACGACCCCCGGCUUAUCCCCCUGAAAACGAUGACAUCUGAUCUCUUAAAGAUGCAGCUGUAUGUAGAAGAGCGAGCCCACAAAGGCACCUGAUUUUAAAUCUUCCUUGCCUUCAAGCCUCAUCUGAUCUUCCAGUGGAACAGGAUAUCACAAACCAUACCUUGAUAACCAUCUCUUCAGCUGGCCUUC